AUGACAAAAGGCGAAACCAUCAAGUGCAAGGCUGCCGUUGCCUGGGAAGCUGGCAAGCCCAUGUCCAUCGAGGAGAUCGAAGUGCAAGCUCCCCGUGCUGGCGAAGUCCGCGUCCAGAUCACCCACACCGGUCUCUGCCACACGGAUGCCUACACCCUUUCUGGAUCAGACCCCGAGGGUGCCUUCCCUGCCAUUCUCGGACACGAAGGUGCCGGUAUCGUCGAGUCGGUCGGUGAAGGUGUCGACCAUGUUAAGGAGGGCGACUCGGUGAUCCUCCUCUACACCGCCGAGUGCCGCGAGUGCAAAUUCUGCAAAUCAGGCAAGACCAACCUCUGCCAGGCUGUCCGUGCUACUCAGGGUCAGGGUGUGAUGCCCGACAAGACCAAGCGCUUCAGCUGCAAAGGCCAGGAGCUCAACCACUUCAUGGGCUGCUCCACCUUCUCCCAAUACACCGUGGUCUCCCAGUACUCGCUGGUUGCCAUCGACCCCAAGGCGCCUCGUGACAAGACCUGCUUGCUGGGAUGCGGUGUUACCACCGGCUGGGGUGCAGCGACGCAUACCGCAAAUGUCGAGAAGGGCUCGACCGUCGCCGUCUUCGGUAUUGGCUGCGUCGGUCUUGCUGUCCUCACCGGUGCCGUCGACGCAGGCGCAGGUCGCAUCAUCGCCAUCGACACCAACGACGGCAAGGAGUCCUGGGCCAAGAAGUUUGGUGCCACCGAGUUCAUCAACCCCACCAAGCUCGGCGACAAGGACAUCGUCUCCCACCUCGUCGAGAUCACCGACGGCGGACUCGACUACACUUUCGACUGCACGGGCAAUGUCAAGGUCAUGCGCAGCGCCCUCGAGGCCUGCCACAAGGGCUGGGGUAUCAGCACCAUCAUCGGUGUCGCUGCUGCAGGCCAAGAGAUCGCUACGCGUCCCUUCCAGCUCGUCACCGGUCGCAAGUGGCAGGGCUCUGCAUUCGGUGGCGUCAAGGGCAGGUCCGAACUGCCAGGCAUCGUCGAGAGGUACAUGAACGGCACCUUCAAGGUCGACGAUUACAUCACCCACACCACCGACCUCGACAACAUCAACAAGGGCUUUGAGUACAUGAAGCAGGGCGAGUGCAUUCGAUGUGUUGCCAAGAUGUCGUGA